AGGAAGCUGAAAUGACGGAUGCGAUCAUGGGAGAGGUAGCAGGGGAUAGUUUAUUUACAUCGGAAGAGGCUCUGUAAGUUUAGAGGGAAGCCGAUGCGUGUGUCUCCCUCUACUUUCACGGACCCCCUCCUCCUCCGCUGGCAGAAAUUUAUAAAGAACAAAAAAUCUGACGAGGGAGGGAGGGGGGUUGAUAUACGCCGAGGCUGAAAUCGAGAGGCGAACCCAGGGAAAGAGGAGUAAUUCGUACCCGUGACUUUCCCCCUCUUAGUCCCCCAAAAGGAGGGGGAAAAGUCGCAAUAUUGGAAACGGAAAGGAAUGAGGUUCUAAAGGUGUGAAAACGACUGCAAUUGUGGAUACUUUAUAUAUUUUUAUUUCGAAAAAAUAUGGCCGAGAACGUUCUGGACUCUGGCCCGCCUUCAGCCAAGAGGCCUAAACUCUCCUCUCCGGCACUUUCCGCGUCCGCCAGCGAUGGAAACGAUUUCGGAUCUCUUUUUGAAUUGGAGCACGACCUCCCAGAUGAGCUCAUCAGCUCCAAUGAACCAGGUCUGGUCAAUGGCGGGGACCCUAACCAGCUGCACACCACUCUAGGAGGAGGACCGGCAUUGUUGGGUCCUGGAGGCGGUGGUGGAGGGGCAGGAGGAUUGGGUCUUGGGCUUGGUCAUGGUCCUGGGGGAGUUGGUGGAGGGCAGGAUGCAGUGGCCAAGCAUAAACAGCUGUCAGAGCUUUUGCGUGCAGGGGCAACACCCUCAACUCAGCCGGGGCACCAAGGAGCCAUGGGUAGCCCAGGAGGCCCCGCUGCCAUGGGGCAGCACUUAGCGAACAUGAAGGCGUCCCCUGGUCAGGGGCCUCAGCAGAUGAUGGGCCAAGGACAACACCUUUCCCCUCAGCAGCAGGCCAACAUGAUGCAGCAGCAGAGUGCUGCAGGUGGAAUGAUCAGGACCAUGAUGGGAGCACAGCAGAAAGGCAGUAAUGGACAGCAGCAGCCAGGCAUGAUUGGGAACCAGGUGAUUAAUGGCUCUCCAAGGAUGGGUUUCGGCAAUCAGGGGAUGGUCGGUGGCAGCAACCUUUUGGCUGAGACCCUACAGCAGCCGGGAGCUGGGGGCCAGGCUGGGAUAAGAGGCCAGCAGCCUGGAGCAAUGAACAAGAUGGGGAUGAUGGGGAAUCCAGGGGGGCCCUUUGGAGGCCCAUAUGGAAGUCAAGGAAAUCAAGGUCUGGGAGGCGCAGGGCUGGGCCCUCAGCUCCAGAACAAAGGUUCCAUGGCUAAUAGCAUGGCCCAGUUCAAUGUGGACAAGAAGAACCAGCCCAUGCAAGGAAUGGGCGCCAUGGGCACGCAGCAGUCACAGACAGGUGUGGGUGGUCCCACAGGUGCACCUGUGGGAGGAGCCCCCGGGAUGGUGCCGGGCGCUCAAGCAGUUGGUACCCAGGUUUCUGCAGCAUCCGCUGCAGCUGGAGCACCGCCCACAGCCGACCCUGAAAAACGCAAGCUAAUCCAGCAGCAACUGGUACUCCUGCUACAUGCACACAAGUGCCAGCGGCGGGAGCAGGCCAAUGGUGAAGUCUGGCAGUGCAACCUGCCCCACUGCCGGACUAUGAAGAAUGUCCUCAACCAUAUGACUCACUGCCAGGCUGGGAAGUCCUGUCAGGUUGCUCACUGUGCAUCAUCGAGGCAGAUCAUCUCCCACUGGAAGAAUUGCACGCGACAUGAUUGUCCUGUCUGCCUGCCGCUGAAGAAUGCCGGGGACAAGAGGAACACGCAGUCUCUACUUGCAGGGGCUGCUACAGGACUAGGCAGCUCACUUGGUACAAUCCCUGGUAGCCAACCAAGUGCUCCCAAUCUCAAUCAGCCGAGCCAGAUUGAUCCCAGCUCUAUAGAAAGGGCCUAUGCUGCUCUGGGCCUCACCUACCAAGGGAACCAAAUCCAGGCUCAGACUUCCCAGCCUAACAUGCCCAACCAAGGCCUUCAAGGGCAGGCUGGUGUGAGGCCUCUGAACCCAAUGGCUUAA